AUGAGUGCAGAAAAUAAGAAAGAAACUGAGCAACAAAAACACAACAUUAAGGAACCUUUAAAGAUUUUCAAUAAAAAUGGUGCAGAAAUUGAUCUUAAAAGAAUCCGCCACCCACAUUCAAGGCAUCCUCACGUUGAUUGUCCAUUGAUAAAUAACCAAAAUCAUAGGCCCAAAGUUAGUGAGAAAGAUAUAAAUAAAAAGAUAAAUGAAUGUGAGAAAAAUCAAGAAAAAUAA